AAAUCUAUGCCGAGCAGCGAUCUGUCCCUCCCAAUCCAGGCAUAGUCCUCUCCCUCGCAGGACGUCUUUCCCUGGCCCCUCCCUUCCAUCACAAUUGCCUUACACCCACAUGGUCUACCCACAAUCUCCUGCUUACCUGCACUCCCAACGUGGACCCGUUGCACCAUCGGCUUCCAUGUCAGGACCUUAUAUUUACCCCACCCAAUUGCCUACCGACCAAGGGCCCGAGCUCUGGUAUUAUUCAAGUUCAUUACAUAUUGCCAGUCAGCAUGCUUAUGGCGAACCCUCUGCUCCUGGGCUUUCGCGAUUCGCUGGCUCUGUAUCUCAACCUGCCUCCUCGUCAACCUCCGGUCCUAUAGCUCCCUUGAGAAGCACUGAAAUUGGAACGAGACCGCGUCCACGUCUUGCCGAGCGUGCGUCGACCAUCGAUCGCCACUCCUAUCAGUCAAAUACACCGGCCAAUCGAUCGGAAUGGGUCAUGUGGGUCGGCAACGUUCCAGCCGACAGCACGAAAGAAGAACUGGAGCGGUUUUUUGCGUCUGUUAGUGCUCAUACUCCCUCCCCCCAGCAUGUCCCUGGCUCCCGCCCUGAAAUGGAGACGCGCUCGAAAAGUGGCAUUCAGUCUAUUUUUCUAAUGCCUACGUCACAUUGUGCAUUCGUGAACUAUGACACGGAGGCACACUUAUUGCAUGCGGUCGCAAUUUGCAAUGGCCAUCCACUCAGGCCUAAUGAUCCUCGGUGUCCGAAUCUUGUGUGUACCGUUAGAGGGCCGGAGGACGCCCUUCGGGCUGGCGUAGGUGCUCAGCGAGGAACGGGAAUGCAUACGAGAUGGGUUCAGCAGAAGCAUGCCCGUGAGAAAUGUACCGAAAGUGGUGCAGUGACUAUGCGCCCGCUGGUAAGGGGUAGGCUAAGCCCCUCUUCCCCCGUUGACGCGUUCAUUAGAGGCGAACAACCAGCAUUAGCGCAGAUUACACAACCCGAAUCGUCGGAAAACAUACAGCAUUCUCAAUCCACCGAAGACUCGCACAUUAAUGAGACUGACGAAAGUUCUGCAUCUGGAUCUUUUGCCUCGACGGACUCCAGUUUCUUGGCCACCCAUUUCCCACAGAGGUACUUUAUCCUCAAGUCGCUAACACAGCAUGAUUUGGAUCUCAGUGUAGAAACAAAGUUAUGGGCGACACAACUGCACAACGAGCCAAUUUUGGAUCAGGCAUAUCGAACAAGUCAAGAGGUUUUCUUGAUCUUCAGUGCGAACAAGAGUGGUGAGUUUUUUGGGUAUGCGAGGAUGGUGGGACCAAUCAAUGUGUCACACGCACGCCAUGUGCCCUGGAGUUCUCGCUCGGAGGGCCCCUCGCGCACUCGGCAGGAGUCCGUCAAGGGACCGGAAACUUCCACAUUAAACUCGGAACCCCUUUUCUUGUCACCCAGCGAAAGCAACCCCCUCCACCACUCACCGCAAGCACUUGACAUUGAAGAUCCUGUACGGAGUUCACUCGCUGCUUCCUCGGCCCCUCCAGAAAUGAAUCAACCCUUCCGUCGAAUCUCUCGCCCAGCCGAGGCACGUAAUGUUGCGGGCACUUUUGACGACGCAAAAGUGUUUCAUUUUAAUUUAGAGCGCGAAGCGCCGAAGAAAAAUUUGGCAUUUCGUUCGAUGCAGCAUUCUCGAGACGACGCGGAUGAUCCUUUACCAGAGUUCGGGUCCCUAAUGAUCGAUUUUCCAUCCUCUUCGCCGACCCACCCUCAGGAACAGGGCGGAAGCAGUAAUGAUACCUCCCCAGAGACGAAUCCGCUGGCUCAGGUCACCACGCGAAGCGGUCCCGGGGCUACGGCUAGCUGGGGAACUCCGUUCCCAAUCCAAUGGAUUCGCGUGCAAGCCCUACCCUUCUACCGUACGAAGCAUCUUCGAAACCCCUGGAAUUCAAAUCAUGGGGUCCAAGUAUCAAGGGACGGGACGGAAUUGGAACCCGAGGUGGGGGGACGGUUACUGGCGCAAUGGAAUCAACUUCCGCCCGUUGGGGAAUAGCCAACUUCACAUCAGUAACGCGCAUAUUAAAUCCCUUGGUCUCAACCACAUUCGUCACCGUCGCGCUCUGCGAACAAAAAGCAAGCUACCAUGCCUCUAGAGCUAUGAUACUAUCUCUAUUAUCGUUACACGUUCUUGCCCUUCGCCCACGUCAUCUGUUCACGAGUCGAUCAACGGACAUUGGCGCCUCAUCU